UCGUUGUCAAAUUAGUUAAACAAACUGCUAGCUAAGCAAACAUUACCGUUAUAGCGGUCACAUGGAGGGGAAAACCAUUUACAGAGCACGUUAUUUAUCUCGGAAAAGUUUGUAAUGACACAAACAACACGCUGCAGUAAAGCACAGCCUCUGACCUUUCACCUUUGACAAUGUUUGCUCGCCGCAGUGAUGGACGGAAGACAUGACCCACCUCGUAGCAGAGCAGGCCGUAUGUGUUUAACAAAGCAGCUCCGUUUCGCAACAGUGACUGUGGGUGCGAGAGGUGAACCCGAGCUACAUGACCCCCUAACAGAUGUGAUGGAAAUCGGAGCGCUGAUGACUGCAGAUAUGUGGCUUUAGGGGUGCAGUGCUUCCCUCGCCAGCAUCAUGCAGCAGAAAGGUGCGAUCCAAAUUAUCGAAUGGGAGGACCUGGACAAGAGGAAGUUCUACUCCCUGGGUGUGUUCAUGACCUUGACCACCAGGGCUACUGUCUACCCGGCCAGCCUCAUUCGCACUCGGCUCCAGGUCCAGAAGGGGAAGGCCCUCUACUCCGGCACCUUUGAUGCUUUCUGCAAGAUCCUGCGAGCUGAGGGCGUGCAAGGCCUCUACCGUGGCUUUUUGGUCAAUACAUUCACCCUCGUCUCAGGACAGGCUUACAUCACCACCUAUGAACUGGUGAGAAAGUAUGUGUCCCAGUACUCACCCAGUAACACUGUGAAGUCAGUGGUAGCUGGAGGGGCAGCAUCCCUGGUGGCCCAGACCAUCACUGUGCCCAUAGACGUGGUGUCUCAGCAACUGAUGAUGCAAGGACAGGGGGAACACCUCACUCGCUUCAAGGCCAAACCCAAAAUGAUGCUCGCAGCAACCAAACGCAGACUGACUUUCGGGCAAACCCGUGACAUUACGGUGCAGAUAUUUGCAGCCGAUGGCUUCAGGGGAUUUUACAGGGGCUACGUGGCAUCGCUACUCACGUACAUCCCAAACAGUGCACUCUGGUGGCCUUUUUAUCAUUUUUAUGCAGAGCAGCUGUCCUUGUUGGCACCAAGUGAGUGCCCCCAUCUGAUUCUGCAGGCUUUGGCAGGACCAAUGGCAGCAGCAACCGCCUCCACCAUCACCAACCCUAUGGAUGUUGUUCGAGCACGAGUACAGGUGGAGGGACGGUCAUCUGUUAUCGAGACGUUCAGGCAGCUGCUGGCAGAGGAGGGCGUCCGGGGGCUGACCAAGGGGCUGUCGGCCCGCAUCAUUUCCUCCCUGCCCACAUCGGUGCUCAUCGUGGUGGGAUAUGAGACUCUGAAGAGACUGAGCCUUCGAGCUGAUUUGAUAGAGUCCAGACACUGGUGAAAGGCCAGAGAGGUCAGAGGAAGGAGAUGAAGGCCCAGAUCCGUGUCCGGUCUCUGCGGGAACUGCUCAGCUGCUUCCACAUGCCUUUUAGAUCUGUGUUGUUUUAAUGCAGGUAUGAUAUAUAUGAGUGGUCAUGUUUGUCUGUACGUACAUUUGGGAGCUACAGGUGUCAUUACUUAUUCCUUUUCUGUUUCUCAGACCCAUUUCUGCUGUUUUUUUCUUUUUUGCUGAACUGUUACUGUACAUCAAUAAGAUAUAAGGAUAGCAGGUAGCUCAAGCCCCUUUUUGAUAUAAGACAAUAUAAAACUGAAACCAGAGUGUUUUUCAUGCCUGGACAUGUAGCAGUACAGGGGUUUUGUUUUGUUUUUUUACUGUGUCAUGCUCUAACUCCACAGCCGGAGCCUCAGCUUGUGAACACUUGAUGCACCUUUUGAAUUCACAUCAGCUGGGUUCAUUUUUUUUUUUUUUUUUAAAGAAGAGCUACACUGCAGUAUGUAUUUUAAGAGACUUUGUGACGAGGCCAGUGUAAUGAGUUUUCAGUGUGCCAAAGUCUGAAGACACAAAACCCUCAUUUGUCCUAUUGAGCACAUAAAGAGCGGAGAAGCUUGAUAUCUGCGUGCAUUCCAGUGAAACGACAAUUUCACGCAGAGGUGUGAAACAUUCGCUAACAGUGCGUGUUGUGGUCUAAAUGAAGAGAUCAGACUUGAUAUUUAAUUAUGGCAAUAAAAUUGUGCAGGAGGAAUGAGUAUAUCCUCAGUGUGAUCAUUAAGUGAGACUUCCAAAAGUACUUUAAAUCUGUUUGAGGUUCUGUUUACUUACAGGACGAGAAAUAUUUUAUCUCGAGGUCUAUUUGAAAUCUGGCCCAGGUUUGUGUAGUUCAGCCUAAAGCCUUUCUGUAAUUUAUUUUCCUGUGAAGUCAGUGGCGCUGGUAUAAUGAUGAAUUCUACAUAUUGAUGAGUUGAUUGGGCCAAACAGGCAGGUGUUUCUUCUUUUUGUGUAAAUGGACUGUACAUAAAGCAGAGCUUGACAGGAAAGAUGAGAAAAGAGGGGAUGCAACAGGAGACGUAUUAAUGUAACAUUGCAGGCCACAUCAGAAAGUGGGAAUCCAGUGUUUUCCUCAUUGACCACUACUACUGUUGAUAGUUCUGAUGUGCUCUGUAUAUUAUUGAUACUGUUCAUGAUGAUGGGAUCAAAUCCGCGAGCCAAAUCUGCUGUUUGGGUAAAGCUAACACACGGAGGGUAAUGGCAGCAGCAUCAGCACCAGCAGAUGCACCUAAACUCCACAGUUGCCUUCAGGGUUCACCAGUCACUUAAUGUGUGAGGUAUAUCAACAUGAUUACUGUAAUGUUAAUAAUGAGCACACAGGUGCAGCCAUGGUGAGAAAUGACUUACUGUCAGAAAACACAUCUCAGUGAGGCUUCUUCCUUUUAUAAACUGGUAAAUGUUGUUGUGUUUGCAGCACUUUCUAUUUGUACAACACAAUAUAAGUAUGAUGUACUUUCUCCAGUUUGAUUUCUGGGGAGCAAAAUUAACAGACCUUUUCUCAUAGAGGAAGUGCUACUCUUAUAUUUACCAACUACCUGCUGUGUGUGUAAUGUGAAAAAAUUGUUAAAGGUACAGUUACAGUUUUUUAAACAUGCAGAACUUGUGGAUCUUUGAUGGAAAGUAAUAAAGAAGUCUGAAUCACUGCA